UCCUCUCUGCAACUCUUCUUCCUUGUGCAUGAAACAUUAAAAGUCCACAUCCAUGGCUUCAACUCAGCACCAUGUGCAGGGCCUAACGGCGGAGGAAGAAACAGAACUAGAACCGGUGAUAAAAAAAUACCACCUUUUCGAACACUGUCCCGACAAAUGUUCUUCCAUAAUAUCGUACCGCAUCGAUGCUCCUGCGAGCACGGUUUGGCCGUUCGUGAGAAGCUUCGAGAACCCUCAGAAAUACAAGCACUUCAUCAAAGGCUGCAGCAUGAGAGGCGACGGUGGCGUCGGAAGCAUAAGAGAAGUAACCGUUGUUUCUGGUCUUCCGGCGUCGACCAGCACCGAGAGGCUCGAGAUUUUGGACGAUGAGAAACACGUGCUCAGCUUUAGGGUGGUCGGCGGCGAGCACCGACUCAAAAACUACCGUUCCGUUACGUCGGUGAACGAGUUCAAGAAAGAGGGUAGGGUUUACACCAUCGUAUUGGAAUCGUAUAUCGUAGACAUACCCGAAGGGAAUACGGAGGAAGAUACCAAGAUGUUUGUGGACACCGUCGUAAAACUCAACCUUCAGAAACUUGGGGUCGUGGCCAUGGCUUCUUCUUCUUCUUCAUCCAUGCAUGGACAAUGACAACAAACAAACACUUAACUUCUAUGGUAUGUUUGCAAAUUUAAGGGUUUUGGUAUUGUCGUGUUCAAACUCAUUCAAAAGCAUAAUAACGGUAUCAAAGUUCUUAGAUUUGUGUUGAGAUAUCAUAGCAAUUUGUUUAGGAAAAUUAGGUAGGUUAAUUAAUUGGAAUUAGUGUGCUUGUUUUCAUUUUUGUACCAAAAUGGAGAAACAAACACGCAUUUGGACUCUAUUUGUUGUUCCAUGGUUAGAGUAAUAUUGCAUGCUAAUUUCAUUUCUCGGGUUAAUUAUGUUUAAGUAAUUAGGUUUAAAGUAUAUUUUUUAAGAUUGAGAGAAAGUUUUUGACUUUUGAUAAUCAAGAAUGAUGAAGAGGAAGAUAAGUUUGUGGGGUUAGUUGGGUUUUAUAUAUCGUUGUUUGCAUGGUUGCAAUUUUAAAUUGAAUUGAUUAGAUGGGUUGUGGUUAUGUUAAUUUAGUGAUUAAUUGUAUAUGGAAUAGAAAAAUGGUUGGAAUCUAAUGAACAGGGAUUGCAUUGGAUUUGAAGGUUUCUUAAUGAGGA